AUGGCCCAAACAGAGCACGACUUCCCUGUGAUGGCGGUAAAGCAGGAGAAGGCGCUGGCGUCCAGCGUGGCAUUGGAAAGCAGACUCCCAGACCAGGCUCAACUCCUCAGGAAGCUGCAGAAGGAGCAAAGCUCUGGCUUCUUCCUGCUCAGGACGCUGACAAGAAAGUUUGGUCCAUAUUUCCUAACUGGUACCCUGUGUAUCAUUUUCCACGACGUCUUCAUGUUCGCCAUCCCUCAGGUGCUCAGUCUUCUCCUGGGAUUCAUGAGAGACGAGGACGCUCCUCUGUGGAAAGGCUACUUCUACGCCACGCUCAUGUUCCUGCUCUCCUGCCUCCAGUCUCUCUUCAACCACCAGUACAUGUACACCUGCUUCACUGUGGGAAUGAGGGUCAAGACAGCGGUCAUGGGCUUGGUCUACAGGAAGUCUUUGGUGAUAAACAGCUCGGCCAGGAGGACGUGCACCGUGGGCGAGAUUGUGAAUCUGGUUUCAGCAGACACUCAGAAACUCAUGGACUUUGUGGUCUACUUUAAUGCUGUCUGGCUGGCUCCCAUCGAGAUCGCCCUUUGUCUUUUCUUCCUCUGGCAGGUUUGUCACAAACAGGACGACUUUACACUCAUGAAUGGGACAGCUGUGUCUGAGGGACGUGUCUUUGUUUCUGACCAAAACUUGACAAAAUUUGAUCUUCCUUUUUUUCUUCAGCAUCUGGGCCCGUCGGCUCUGGCAGGCAUCGCCACGGUCAUCCUUAUUUUCCCGCUCAAUGGAUUCAUCGCAAAGAAAAGGAGCAAGCUGCAGGAAAUCCAGAUGAAGUUCAUGGAUGGCCGCAUCAGACUGAUGAACGAGAUCCUGAAUGGAAUAAAGAUCUUGAAGUUUUAUGCCUGGGAGAAAGCCUUCCUGGAGCAGGUCUUGGGUUACAGAGAGAAGGAGCUUGAAGCCCUGAAAAAGUCUCAGAUCCUUUAUUCCAUCUCCAUCGCCUCCUUUAACUCCUCAUCCUUCCUGAUUGCAUUUUCGAUGUUUGGCGUCUACGUGAUGCUGGAUAGUAGAAACGUCCUUGAUGCACAGAAGGUUUUCGUCUCCAUGGCUCUGAUCAACAUCUUGAAGGCUCCCCUGAGUCAGCUGCCAUUUGCAAUAAGCACGACCAUGCAGGCUGUGGUUUCACUCAGACGUCUGGGAAAGUACCUGUGCUCAGAAGAGCUGAAAGCGGGCAAUGUCACAAAGGUUCAACAGAGUUCUGAAGGGGACGGCAUGCUGAUAGACGGUGGUACUUUCAGCUGGUCUGCAGAGGGCCCACCAUGUCUUAAAAGGAUCAGUGUUCGCGUACCACGAGGUUCCCUCGUUGCUGUGGUGGGACAUGUGGGCAGUGGAAAGUCCUCCCUGUUGUCUGCCAUGCUGGGGGAGACAGAAAAAAGAAGUGGUCGAGUCGUUGUCAAGGGUUCUGUGGCCUACGUGCCUCAGCAAGCCUGGAUCCAGAACGCCACAGUCCAGGACAACAUCACAUUUGGGCGAGAGAAGAUGAAGACGUGGUACCAUCGUGUGCUGGAGGCCUGUGCUCUGCUGCCUGAUCUGGACAUUCUUCCUGCUGGAGAUGCUACAGAAAUAGGAGAGAAGGGUCUGAACCUGUCAGGUGGACAGAAGCAGAGAGUGAGUUUGGCCAGAGCUGUGUACCGAAAGGCCGACGUCUACCUGCUGGAUGAUCCUCUGUCUGCUGUCGAUGCCCACGUGGGUCAGCACAUCUUCGACAAAGUCAUUGGACCUAAAGGAGUCCUCAGAGACAAGACCCGCAUCCUGGUGACUCAUGGGAUGAGCUUCCUGCCACAGGCUGACCUGAUUCUGGUCCUGGUCGAUGGAGAGAUCACGGAGAGCGGCUCCUACCAGGAGCUCCUCGGCCGCCACGGGGCCUUUGCUGACUUCAUCCACACCUUUGCCAACACAGAGAGAAAAGAGAGUGCCAUACAGAGAGCUGGAUCCAGAAGGUCCAAUGCUCGUCUCAGCAUGGUGGACUUCAUGCCUUUCUCCAGAGACCUGUCACAGGAGCAGCUGAUUGGAGGUGACACCACUAACACUAAUCUGCAGAACAUGGAGCCUGUGAAUGAAACAGACCAGGAACAGGUACCAGAGGAUUUGGGCAAACUGACCGUGGUCGACAAAGCCCGCACUGGAAGAGUGAGACUGGCAAUGUACAAGAAGUACUUCAAGACCAUCGGCUUGGCCAUCAUUAUCUGCAUCGUCUUCCUCUAUGCCUUCCAGCAGGGGGCCUCACUGACCUACAACUACUGGCUCAGCAUGUGGGCCGACGACCCUAUUGUUAAUGGGACCCAGCUGGACACCGACCUGAAACUGGGUGUUUUUGGAGCUCUGGGCUUCGUACAAGGUGUUGCCAUCUUUGGUACAACGGUUGCUAUCUCCAUCUGCGGCAUCAUCGCCUCUCGACAGCUGCACCUGGAUCUGCUGAUCAACGUGCUGAGAUCUCCCAUGUCUUUCUUUGAGUGCACGCCCAGUGGCAACCUCCUCAACCGUUUCGCCAAAGAGAUCGACGCCAUCGACUGCAUGGUGCCCGAUGGUUUGAAGAUGAUGUUGAGCUACGUCUUCAAACUGAUGGAGGUCUGCAUCAUUGUGCUGAUGGCCACGCCUUUCGCAGCAGUGAUCAUCCUGCCUCUGGCCGUCCUCUACGCCUGUGUCCAGAGCUUCUACGUCGCCACAUCCUGUCAGCUGCGCCGACUGGAAGCUGUGAGCCGCUCGCCCAUUUACACCCACUUCAAUGAGACGGUGCAGGGCACUAGCGUCAUUCGGGCCUUCGGGGAACAGUCGAGGUUCAUUCUGCAGGCCGACAAGAGAGUGGACUUCAACCAGACCGCCUACUUCCCACGAUUUGUUGCCACACGGUGGCUGGCCGUCAACCUGGAGUUUGUCGGCAACUGUGUGGUUUUAGCUGCUGCCAUCCUGUCAGUGAUGGGAAGAAACACUCUGAGUCCAGGCAUCGUUGGUUUGGCUGUGUCACACUCACUUCAGGUGACCGGGAUCUUGAGCUGGAUCGUCAGAUCCUGGACUGAUGUGGAAAACAACAUUGUUUCUGUGGAGAGAGUCAGUGAAUACGCCGACACAGCUAAAGAGGCCAGCUGGAAUAUCGAGGGCAGCUCCCUGCCUGCAGCCUGGCCCCAGAGAGGGACCAUCGAGUUCCAGGACUAUGGGCUACAGUACAGGAAAGGCCUGGAGCUGGCUCUGAAGGGCAUCACCCUGCAAAUCAACGAAAGAGAGAGGGUUGGAAUUGUGGGUCGAACUGGAGCAGGGAAGUCCUCACUUGCCCUGGGAAUCUUCAGGAUCCUGGAGGCAGCAAAGGGAAAGAUUUUCAUAGACGGAGUCGACAUCCAGGACAUUGGACUCCAUGACCUCAGGUCCCGCAUUACGAUCAUUCCUCAGGAUCCCAUCCUGUUCUCAGGCUCCCUGCGAAUGAACCUCGACCCCUUUGACACCUACACAGAUGAAGAGGUCUGGAACUCCUUAGAGCUCGCCCACCUGAAGAACUUUGUCUCCAACCUGCCUGACAAACUGGACCAUGAAUGUUCCGAAGGAGGAGAAAACCUAAGUCUGGGUCAGCGCCAGCUGGUCUGCUUGGCCAGAGCUUUGCUGAGGAAAACCAAGAUCCUGGUUCUGGACGAGGCCACAGCAGCUGUGGACCUGGAGACAGACACGCUGAUCCAGUCCACAAUCCGCACACAGUUUGAGGACUGCACUGUCCUGACCAUCGCUCACCGCCUCAACACCAUCAUGGACUACACCAGGGUGAUUGUAAUGGACAGAGGUCACAUUUCUGAGAUGGACUCUCCUUCCAGCCUCAUCUCACAGCGGGGACAGUUCUACCGAAUGUGUCGGGAGGCUGGACUGGUGUGAGCACUGCCGGAGCCUCAUACCUCGGAGCUGGGAACAUGGCACGAACACGUGGCACCUUAUGAGUGUGAAUCUCCAACAAAGGCUUCAAACUGGCAGCUGAAACGCCUCUUCAGGUGGGAAACCGGGCGGAAGAGCAGCUGCCGAGGUCGUUCCUCCAGAAAUGUGUUGGUUUUUCACACACACACACACACACACACACUCACAGACAUGAAGUCCAAGUCGGGAAAAGACGUUUUUUUAAACCUCAGAUGAUGAAGAUUUCAACUACAAUCGACUGUUUAGUCUCCAAGCUUUAAAUAAUGUACAUAGAGUAGUGGAGUCAGUUUAUUCCAUGCAAUGAUGAUGCCAAGGGCUGGACUUUUCCUCUAGAGUAUUUUCAUUCUCUUGUUGAAUGGAAGCUACAUUAUUUUUUUAUAGUUUUUCUAAGUGUUUAUGAAGCACACUGCAUAUUUUUGGAUGUUCUCUCAGGCUUCAAUGUUGACGUUUACUCCUACUUUUUUAGCCUUGUAUACCAAAAAGAAAAGAGCUGAUUUUUGCAAUUGUGAAAUUGAUAGCAUUUGUGUUUUGUUUUUGUUGUUGUUGUUGUUGUUGUUGCCUUCUUGUCCCAGAAACUGGGACAGGAAACACUCUGACACAAUAACCUUUAAAAGGUUCAUCCUGGCAGAUGCAACGAGGGAAGUGAGGUUUGUGCAGGCCUUCAAAAUC